AUGUCGAUCGAAAAAAACGCGAGGCUAUACACCCCAUCACAGCCCAGCCCAGCCCAACCCAGCCCAGCCCAACCCAGCCCAGCCCAGCCCAGCCCAGCCCAGCCCAGCCCAGCCCAGCCCAGCCCAGCCCAGCCCAGCCCAGCCCAGCCUAGCCCAGCACAGCCCAGCCCAGCCCAGCCCAGCCCAGCCCAGCCCAGCCUAGCCCAGCCCAGCCCAGCCCAGGGCAGGGCAGGGCAGUACGGUACAGUACAGUACAGUACACCUGAAAGUGUAACCAUGCAACAUGAUAGAAGAGCCUGCUUGUCUACACGAGCUCAGUACCAUGGAACGGAUGAAUGA